AAGCGGCGCGGCUAAGUCAAGAUGGCGGAGAUGGACCAGCUGUUAGAUGAGAGCUCUUCGGCUGAGGCUCUGGUCAGCUUGAAAGAGGGCAGCUUGUCAAACAGUCUGAAUGAGAAAAGCAGCCUACCAAGAGCUCACAAUACCAGAGGACGUCACUCCCUGGCAACCAUGGACACGCCCACGCGGAGCUCCAAGAGGAGCCGUCUGUUCCGGGAGGAGGAAGAGCAGCAGCCCCGCCUGCCCUCCAGGUCACCCAGGAGGAGCCAGAGAGUCACCACCCUACCCCAGAAGUUUGCCAGUGUGACCACCCCAGACAAGAAGGCCUCCCAGAGGAUUGGGCUGAGGCUGAGGAACCUCCUCAAGCUGCCUAAGGCACACAAGUGGUGCAUCUAUGAGUGGUUCUACUCCAACAUAGACAGGCCCCUAUUUGAAGGGGACAACGACUUCUGCCUGUGUCUGAAGGAGUCCUUCCCCAACCUGAAGACCAGGAAGCUGACCCGGGUGGAGUGGGGCACCAUCCGCAGACUGAUGGGCAAGCCCAGACGGUGCUCGUCUGCGUUCUUUGCGGAGGAGCGGACGGCGCUGAGGCAGAAGAGGCAGAAGAUGCGCCUACUGCAGCAGAGGAAGCUGUCCGACGUGUCGCACUGCAAGGACCUCCCCGAGGAGAUCCCCCUGCCUCUCAUCAUAGGAACCAAAGUCACCGCUCGACUGCGAGGGGUUCACGACGGCCUGUUCACCGGGCAGAUAGACGCCGUGGACACCAGCGCCGCCACCUACCGCGUCACCUUCGACCGCAACGGCCUCGGAACGCACACCGUGCCCGACUACGAAGUGCUGAGCAAUGAGCCCAAUGAGACGAUGCCCAUCUCGGCCUUCGCCCAGAAACAGCGGCCCUCACGCUUCCAGAACUUCCUGACUCCGCCCAGAGGGCCCUAUCCCUCCUCCACAACUCCUGUCCUCAUGGACAACGACCCUCUCAUCAGCCAGUCACCAUGGAAGAGCAAGCUGGCCGGGACGGAGGGAGACACCCUGGGGGGGUUCCCCGUCAAGUUCCUGGUCCAAGUGACGAGGCUCUCCAAGAUCCUCAUGAUCAAGAAGGAACACAUCAAGCACUUGAAGGACAUGAACACGGAGGCUGAGAAAAUGAAGUCCUACUCCAUGCCCAUCGGCCUGGACUUCCAGAAGCGCUACGCCACCACGGUGCUGGAGCUGGAGAGGCUCAACAAGGACCUCAACAAGGUUCUGCACCAGGUGCAGCAGUUCUGCUGCGAGCUGGCUCCAGACCAGGGCAUGGCACCCGCUGACCGACCCACCGAGCUCCGGCGGCGCUGUGAGGAGGAGGCCCAGGAGAUGGUGCAGCAGACCAACUCUCUACGGGACGAGCAGCAGUGUGUGUCCAACCCCAACCUCACCCACCUCGUCUCCGGCCUCACGGCCCUCCUGCUGCAGAUUAAGUGUUUAGCUGAAGGAGGCGACCUGAAUUCAUUUGAGUUCAAAUCCCUGACAGACUCUCUGAAUGACAUCAAGAGUUCGAUAGACCCAUCCAACCUCAGUUGCUUCCAGAACAACGUGGAGAUCCACGUGGCCCACAUCCAGAGUGGCUUGAGUCAGCUGGGAAACCUGCAUGCUUUUGCUGCGAACAACACCAACACGGUCUGAGCUCCCCUCAGCCCACACAGGCACGCUGCUCCCCUCAGCGCACGCUGCUCUUAAGACCCAGGGAGGGAGCUUUCAUGCCCCAUCUUAACUGACUGAAGCAAACAAAGAUAUGUUCAUUGACUUAAGAUGCCCCCUGAAUUGGACUUCCAAAUGAAUUGCCCCCGUUUUCACGUGCCCAAAUGUUUGUGUGAUUGUGGGAGGAUAUCUUAUUUCUUUUGAAGUCCAGCUUGUUUUUAUUGUAGUUUGGAAAGAGGUUUUCCACUUCAUGUCUCUAAAGAACCUGAUCACUCUGUUAGGUGGCUUAGGGUCACGUAUUUACAGAGCAAAUUCCAGUUGUUGAUAUAUUCUCUCAUUUCAUGUGCCAUACAAUACUUUGAGCAGUUUCUGUAAUCCAUAUUUAUUUAUUUUUGAGAGGGGGUAGAAAUUGUUAUAUUUGACCAUUUUAAAGUUUCCCUGUGAGUCCAUGUUUUGUGUUCCUUUACUCCACUGGUAGAAGACACAGGUGAAGCAAAAUAUUUUCUUGUAAAAUAGUUUAUUGUAGAUAUUUGUACAAUACCUUUAUGAUUACUAGGAUUUAUCGUCCACAUUUCUGCAAUGUAUUCAGAAAUGGCUUUUGUAUUUUUUGUGUGCACUGAAGAGAUUUUGGUAUUUUUCUAAAUAAGAAUUGUUGGUUUCUUUUCUGACACCACUGAGUAAAAUGGAUUUAUCAUUUUUAAUUGGACAUUGCUGUUGCUGCAACCUCACUGAUACCUACAUCACUGGUGUAACCUAAAUUUGAGUGCUAAAUUAACUAAAACAAUGACUAUCUGUUCUGAGAAUAUCCUUUUCACCAUUGGUUUUGUAAAGCUGUAUAUGGGAAUGUCGAGUGGCAUUUGUAAAUACUGUUGCUGUUUUUUUAUACAUUAAACACAGCAAAGCAAAUUG